AUGUCCGGAAAGGGUAAAGGAGGUCGUGGCAAAGCUGGCAAGAAGAGUGGCAGUGGAGCCAAGUCUCGCUCCGCCAAGGCUGGUCUACAGUUCCCUGUUGGCCGUAUCGCAAGGUAUCUGAAGAAGGGCCGUUAUGCUAAGCGCGUCGGUUCUGGAGCGCCAGUCUAUUUGGCCGCUGUUCUAGAAUAUCUC